AUGGGGACAAGAACAUUCCACAUAUUAAAACACUUCUUCAAAGACAUUACAAAUGAUCUUGGAAGCGACACAAAUAUCUCUGCAACUUGCCAAACGUGUUUGAAAACAAUAAAAGGAAGUUUGAAUGCUACAACUAACUUUUUGAACCAUAUAAAAAGAAAAGGACAUGCUGAUCUUUUAGCAGAGUAUGAGAAACUCAAAAUUCAACAUAACAAGAAGAGAAAAUGUGUUGGUGAUGCUAGUGAGAAGUCCACUUCUAAAAUAAUGAAACAAUUAACUCUUCCAGCCACCUUACCAAAGCCAGUUAAUUUCGACAGGUUACUUGUGAAUUUUUUGGGUACCAUGUCACCCAUAUCAAUUGUAGAAAAUGAAUUCUUUAAGGCUCUUAUUGAGGGUGCACAACAGUUAACUGUUCCACCGAAAAUUAUAUGCCGGCAAACAUGUAAUACAAAAAUUGCAGAACGGAGGUUUAAGGGAACACAUAGUUAUGAUAAAGUGGCCGAGCUGAUUGCGGAGAUUCAUUCUGAAUUUGAUUUGAAACUUUCAAAAAUAAUAAACACUAUUACAGACAAUGGAUCAAAUAUGGUCAAAGCUUUUAAGAUAUAUGGACAAGAUUCAGGUACAGAAUUAAGUGAAAGAGAAAUUGAAGUUAUGCAUGAUAAUGGUGAUGAUGAUGAUGAUAAUGUGUUAACCCUAACACAAUUUCCGGAGUCAUCUGAUGAAUUUGAAGAGGUGCAACUGCCUAAUCAUGAAAGGUGUGCCACACACACAUUACAUUUGAUAGCUUCAAAAGAUAUGGAUAAGGCUAUAUCCCAAAGUAAUUCAUACAAAAACUUUUAUGAUACAGCCAUGGCAAAAUGUCAAGCAGUUUGGAAUCUAUGUUCAAGGUCUCCGAAAGCCUGUGAAAUCUAUCUAGAAUCAACUGGAAAAUCCCCUACUUCUCCAUGUCCAACACGAUGGAAUUCAUAUUAUAAUUGCAUUCAAGAUCUACUAGCAGUAAAGGAUACCCUAAACGAAACUUUAAAAAAACUACAAUUGGUAAUUUUUAAAGAAAUUGAAAUCAAAUUUCUUCAUGAAUACAUAAGCUGUUCAAAGCCUAUUGCUGAGGGCAUCAGAAGUUUAGAAGGUGACAAAAAUACUUAUUACGGAUGUCUUAUACCAGAACUUAUGAGAAUGCAAAGAUUUCUAAGCAGUUUGCAAAUGGAUAACCCUACAUACUGUGAUGUAUUGAUAGAAGUUGUUAAAGAAAGUCUUAAUAGACGUUUUGAGAGGUUUUAUAAAUUAGAGGAGCCAAAAGAAAAAAUUGGCAUAAUAGCAUCUGUGUCUUAUCCCUUUUUCAAAAUGAAAUGGGUGCCAAAAGCCAACAGAGAAUACAUUAAAGAAGUAUUUGUUUCAGAAGUGAGAAAGAUAAAACAAGAACGUGAAAAGAGUUCCCAAGUCCAACAAACUGACUUUAAUAAAAAGAAGGAGAGAGCAGAAUCGUAUUAUAUGUUUGUUGAGGACUCUGAUUCUUCAGCAGCCAGUAAUAAUGCCAAUACUACAAUAGAUUUGGAAGCACUACAAUAUUUAAAAGAUGAAGACAAUACUUUAGAACCCUUGAACAAAUUUCCAAAUGUACGCUCCUUAGAAGCUUUGCCUCUGGUCGGAUUCUUUACUCAUUAG